GUCCUGCUGCUGUGAGCUCAGUGUGCUUUCUUUGACUGUUUAUAACAUUAAUGGCGGAAGUCGCUUCAUUCGUUCCAGGUGAGUCGGCUGAUUGAAGACGGGCUCCUGUGGAUCCUGGCCAUGGAUGAAGAGUUGACGCCUUUGGACUGCCUGCUGCCCUCAGGCACGCAGAGGAUCUGUCUGAUUGUUUUGAACCAGCCUCUGGAUAAGGACUACCUACACAUCCUCUGGAACAAAGCUCUCUUGAGGGCUUGUGCUGAUGGAGCUGCCAAUCAUCUUUACAACAUCACUGCUGGAGUUAGAGACAGCUUUCUUCCCGACUAUAUCAGCGGGGAUUUUGAUUCCAUUACUGCCGAGGUCAAAGCAUUCUAUGCAGACAAGGGGUGCAAGCUGAUACAAACAGCUGACCAGGAUCUUACCGACUAUACAAAGUGCCUUGCAAUCAUGGUGGAGGAAAUUCAGAGACGACAGCUACAGGUGGAUACCAUAGUGACACUGGGCGGGCUGGCUGGCAGGUUGGACCAGACCAUGGCAUCUGUUGAGACCCUCCACCACGCUCUGUCCAUGACACGACUCCCCCUGUUGAUCAUACAGGGGACUAGCCUGGCAUACCUCCUCAGACCCCAGGGCAGCCACAGACUGCAGGUGAACACAGGCCUGGAGGGUGACUGGUGCAGCCUCAUUCCAGUAGGUGGACCCUGCCAAACCAUCACUACUGGACUUAAAUGGAACCUGAAUAACCAGGUCCUGCAGUUCGGGAAGCUAGUAAGCACCUCCAACACCUACGAACCAGCUGCUGAUGGAACCCCCAGGAAGCCUGUAACUGUGACAACUGACAAGCCUCUGCUCUGGAGCAUGGGCAUAAGGAUGGGGAAUGACAGAAGAAAUCCCUCAACGGGAAGUAUUUGAUCAGAGCAUGUAACUAUUUUCCUGCUGCUGAGUUUUAGCAAACACUUUUAUAUUCAAUACAGCAUGAGGUAAAAUCUGAAAGCCCUGCAACAUGUGGCCAAAAAUGUAACUUAAGUGUUUAAGUGUCAUGCAAUCAAAAUGUGGUCAUCUCUGUUGAAACUUAAGAGAAUUCUAAACUGACCAAAAGAGCACAUUGCUUUUAUACCAUUGUGGCCAUCUUUGUGAAGGACACUGUACUGUUUUAACACUUAAAACGGGUUUAAUGCAGCACUUGAUAGACCUCUUCACUAUGUCAGGUACUAUUCUAAAUUAACCAUGUAGAAAUGUAUCCUCGUAGAUGAUUAUGCAUAGCACACCCAAAUCCAAGCCUUAUUCCAUAGAAACAUGGUUCCCUUUAACAAAACACAUCAGGUAACUUUUGAGAAGCACUGAGAUGACAGCAUAUUGCAGAGACACCACUAUAACUGAAGUACAUUCUGCUUUGUAUCACAGCCUACACGAUGUGCCUUUGAACUCAGUACUCCAGCUCCACUGUUCACUUGUAGCUACCAUAUUGACAAUUGUCUGCCAAGCACUAUUUAAAAAAAAAAAAAUACUGAGCACCUAGCUUCAGAUUUGUGCCUUUUGAGGA